CUCAGCUGACAAACCCGCUUUCGCAAACUUUUUUCUUAAAACCAGUUACAAAUACAACGUCGCGUUCUUACGUUAUCUUGUGUGUUUUUGGUUCAUGUAUGCAUAUGUUGCUUCAGUGCAAAACAGCUGUUUGGGGAUUUGUGCUGCCAUCUGUAUAAAAUGGAUAUAAAAAGAUUGAGCAAAAUCAUGGUGCGAAACUAUCUGUCAAAUCAUUUGACACUCAUUUGAAAAUUGUGGCAGUAUUGUGAGCCCCUUUGUUAUUUUGUAUUUGCUAGCGCGCUGUUUCGUGAUUUGUGCAUUUAAUAAUUUUACAUUUUAAUUUUUGUCGAAAGCAUGAAGAGAAGAUUGCCACUGAGAAAGGUAAAAAAAUGGACCCAGGAUGAAAUAAGUAAAAUAAUCGACUAUAUGAUAGAAAAUGGAAAUAUAGAAAAACCAACCGCACGAGCUUACUAUGAAACAAAUGAACGUAUUGCAAGAUAUGAGCUAAAUUUGAAAUAUAACGGGCACGGCCGUUACUCAAGUAAUUUGCAUGAAGAUUUGCGUUUAUGAAGAUGCGUGGGAAUACACUUUAAUAGUAGUUUGCCUUAGACUGCAUACAUAGGCAUGGAUGUAUAUGUCGAUACCAAUGCGAAGGGCCGUAAUAGGCAUUUUUCGAGAUAAAUUCUUAUAUUUAGUCCUUUAUAUUUUUUUUCCAAAUAUGCCUCCGUGCUAAAAGUCAUGGUGAUAUCUUCCAAAUACAAGCUUUAUUAGAAUAAUUCUGAGGGCAUUUUUUAUGUUUAUUUAAUCAGUUCACUGCUUUUGCUAUGAAACUUUGCAUUAAGGGUAUUUUGCAUUGGUGGCGACAAUACAUCCUACCCAUUUAAUAUUACAAUUGCGAUAAGUAUACACAAAUAUACCUACAUAUCGUGAUCUGAAAUGCAAAAAGAUGUAACAACAUCGUAACUGAAAUGGAAAAAGUCGUGAGUAAUAUUUUUAUUUAUGUGGGAGUUGUUAUUCGAUGAAAUCCUUCAUAUCAAUCAAAAACUGAAUUUUGAAUUUUUUAGAAGUUAGGACAUUUUGUAUUUCAGCGACGAUGCUUGUUACGUCUUUUCAAGGCGCAAUAAUUCCACCAUGACGUAUUUUUGCACUUCAGGUGACGAUAUGUACUUGGUAUUUAAAAGAUUUUUUUUUUAAUAUGCACUACAAAUUUUGUUAAAGAAACAACCAAAAAUAUGAAAAUUUAUUAAAUGGGUCAAAAUUUAAUUAUAUAUAUAUAUAUAUUGCAUAUUGUUGAUUUGCUCUGGUUAUUACUUUUUACUUAUACACAACUAUUAAAAAUAUCUGCCCAUUUUUGACAAAACAAUUAUUGGAUUCAGUGUUGUAUGAACUACCAACCAACACUCAUCAACUGUUAAAAUUCUUCAACUUUUAUCGGAUAGAUUAUUUAUAUAAAUAAUUAAAAUAUAAAAAACACUAUUAUCCAGUACCAAGACAGACCAUUUUUUAAAACAGAUGGCAAUAAUUCUAGUUAAGCAAUUCUAUGUUUUUAAUACUUAAUAAAUUGGGUCUCUCAACUUAAGGAAAGUCGAAUUUUGAAGAUGGC